GCCCUAUAGAUACGUCAAAAUGUAUCUGUCACUGUAACUCUAUUCAAUAAAUCAUCAAGUAAAAUACAUCAAAAUCCAAUAUAUUUCAUUGUAAAUUCGAGAGAAGAAACUAGCCAGAAAUGACGUGUAACAAGAAAAUCAAUAAGCAAAAUAGUUGCAUGAAGAGCAUCUAUGCAAGAAAUAUUUUUGAUUCUCGAGGAAAUCCUACAGUCGAAGUUGAUCUAAUAACCGAUUUGGGAUUGUUCAGGGCUGCAGUCCCCUCUGGAGCUAGCACAGGAAUCCAUGAAGCCUUGGAAUUGAGAGACGAAGUCCCGACUGACUACCACGGCAAGAGCGUUUUCAAGGCCAUCGAUAACGUCAACAACAUUAUCGCUCCAGCCCUUUUGGAAAAAGAUUUUGACGUCACUCAACAAGAUGAGGUGGACACGUUCAUGCUGCAGCUGGACGGCACCGAGAACAAGUCGAAACUGGGCGCGAAUGCCAUCCUGGGUGUCUCUUUGGCCGUGUGCAAGGCGGGGGCAGCCAAAAGGGGCCUGCCCUUAUACAGGCACAUCGCAGAUUUAGCGGGCAACAAGGACAUCGUGCUGCCCGUGCCGGCGUUCAACGUCAUCAACGGGGGGUCGCACGCAGGAAACAAGCUGGCCAUGCAGGAAUUCAUGAUUCUUCCCACGGGCGCCACAUCGUUCUCCGAGGCCAUGAAAAUGGGUAGCGAGACCUAUCAUCACCUCAAGAAAGUCAUCAAAGACAAGUUCGGCCUGGACGCGACGGCAGUAGGGGAUGAAGGAGGUUUCGCCCCCAACAUUCAGAACAACAAAGACGCCCUGAAUCUGAUCAAAGACGCCAUCGCUAAAGCCGGAUACACUGGGAGGAUCGAAAUCGGCAUGGAUGUGGCUGCUUCGGAAUUUUAUAAAGAUGGCUUAUACGAUCUAGAUUUCAAGAACCCGAAGUCAGACAAGAAAAACUGGGUGAAAUCAAGCAAACUCUACGAUAUGUACGCAGAUUUCAUCAAGGAUUUCCCCAUAGUCUCCAUUGAAGAUCCGUUCGAACAGGACGAUUGGGACGCUUGGACCGACAUAACUGAGAAAGUCUCCAUCCAAAUUGUUGGAGAUGAUCUGACAGUCACCAACCCGAAGAGAAUUCAAACGGCCAUCGAUAAGAAAGCUUGCAACUGUUUACUUCUGAAAGUCAAUCAAAUCGGGUCGGUCACGGAAUCAAUCAAAGCUCAUCUUCUAGCGAAAUCGAACGGUUGGGGCACUAUGGUUUCUCACAGAUCCGGCGAAACUGAAGACACCUUCAUCGCUGAUCUCGUUGUAGGACUUUCUACUGGACAAAUCAAGACCGGAGCACCCUGUAGAUCUGAACGUUUAGCGAAAUACAAUCAGAUUUUGCGAAUCGAAGAGGAGCUUUGUAGUUAUGCUAGAUAUGCUGGUAAAGCUUUCAGGAAACCUUUGUAAAAUUCGUAGAAAUAAAUCAAAUAGCUAAUUA